AUGCCAUAUUACGCCAUUGUGGAAGGCCGCAACCCCGGAGUUUAUGAUAGUGACUCUGAUUGGAAAGGGGAAAUUAUCGGAUACAAACACGCUGUAUUUAAGAGAUUUGAUUCACAAAUAGAUGCCCUCAAAUAUGUGACCAAGGGAGGAAAAAUAGAAAAUGUGUUUGUCGAUGGAUCCUGCCGAAGGGAUAAUAGUCGCCUGCCAGCUGCUGGGUUUGGUGUCUACUAUGGACCAGGUGAUGCUAGCAAUACGGCGAUGAUGUUGCAUUCGUAUAUUAGAGCAACCAAUGUACGUGCAGAGUUAUGCGCGGUACUUCAUGCGUUAAAAAAUGUUCAUCAAUCCCUAUUAAAUGAGACUGCUACACGUCCAGUUCGAAUUCUUUCGGAUUCUAAAACUUCUGUUCAAAGCUGUAAUAAAUGGGGGAAUAAAUGGAAGAAAAAUGGGUGGAAGAAAUCUAGGGGUGGUACUAUACGGGAUGUUGAUUUAAUUAAACAAGUGGUCACCUUGAAAGAUCUUAUUAACAGUCAUUACGCUUCCAAGGGCUGGCAUAACAUCAUUGUGGCUCACGUUAAUGCUCAUUCUGGUAACUUAGCAAAUAAUGAAGCAGACAGAUUGGCCAGUUUGGGUGCAGCUCAAGCUGAAAUUAGGAUUCUUAGAAAGUAUAAUAUCGGCUAUCCGGUGAUGAGCACCAGACUGAAAGACUUAAAGCUUCUUUAA